CUUAACAAUAAAAAUUUUGACUUCGGUUGCCCAUUCUCCACCAUCCAUCCAUCUACCAAAAAACAAGACUUCAAAUUUAAUUUACUUGAGUUUAAACAAAAAUAAAAUCUACUUUUUCCCUUCACUCACUCGCACGCACAUAAAAAACACAACAAAUUCUAUUAUAGGCCGCGUUGAGUCCCAGCUGACGUGGCACCCGAACCACCCCUGCCGCUGCUUCCGGCCGACAUCCACCGCCAUAUGAAUCAGAAGACUUGGCCAUGCAGAUCGGACGGCCGCCACUUCACAUCCUUCCCCUUCAUCCGGAAAACUCCCGGCGACCCGCCGGCCUCGGCAAAACCCCCCAAGAAACACCUCUCCUUAUUCUCCGCGAACGCUCAAUCGCCGCCUCCGGCGGCGGGCCCCGACUUCGCCACGCUGCCGUACGACAUCGUCUUAAGGAUCGCGGCGUCGUUCAGGCUGCCCGACCUGAGGGCGGCCUCGCUCGCGUGCCGGGCGUGGAGAGACGCGCUGAGGCCCCUGCGCGAGGCCAUGGUGUUUUUGAGGUGGGGGAAGAGGUUCAAGCACGGGCGGGGAGGGUCGGGGAGGGCCGACCCGGGCCGGGCGCUGGACUGCUUCCUCAAGGGGGCGGCGCGUGGGUCCACGCUGGCGAUGGUGGACGCGGGACUGAUCUGUUGGGAAAUGGGGAAGAGGGAGGAGGGGGUUUUCUGGUACCGGCGGGCGGCCGAGCUCGGCGACCCGGCAGGGCAGUGUAAUUUGGCUAUUGCGUAUUUGCAAGAUAAUCCACCUAACAACAACCAAGCAAUAAAAUGGUUGUACAAAUCCUCAAUUGCCGGUCACGUCCGUGCCCAAUACCAACUCGCGCUCUGUCUGCAUCAAGGUCGAGGAGUAGGAAAAAGCCUUCAAGAAGCGGCUCGUUGGUAUUUAUCGGCUGCUGAAGGAGGGUAUGUUCGUGCAAUGUAUAAUACGUCUUUGUGCUAUUUAAUGGGCGAGGGUUUGGUGCAAUCUCAUAGGUUAGCAAGAAAAUGGAUGAAGAAGGCAGCUGAUCAUGGUCACAGCAAAGCACAGUUUGAGCACGGUUUAGGUCUUUUCUCGGAAGGAGAUAUGAUGAAGGCUGUCGUGUACUUAGAAUUGGCGACUAGGGCCGGUGAAAGGGCUGCUGCUCACGUCAAAAAUGUUAUCCUUCAGCAAUUAUCGACAGCUUCUCGUGAUCGAGCUAUACUUCUUGCCGACACCUGGCGAGCUUUGCGAUGAAUCGUGUUUUUUCAAGUAUAUUCCUUACUUCCUCUAUGAUCUAUAUAUUCUGAUGUCAAGAUAUAGAUAUCUAUAUAUAUAAAAUAUUAUGUAAAUACAUACUUUGAAUUUUCCUUGUUUCAAGGUAGAUAUAUAUGGUUUGCUGAGAAUGUCUUGCAUGUUAUUGUUGACUUACACAGAAUGUUUGUAAUUGCAAUUUGCAAGUAUUAUUAUGUAAUGAACUUGGCCUAAAUAGCAUAAGUAUCACAAAUGCUUGAUUAUUAAUUUAUUAUCCCCUAAAAUGCAGACACAAAAAACACCACUCUCAAUGGACAAAUGCAGACACCACUAUGCUUUUGAUUUUUUUUUUCACCUAAAAUUCUCAUUAACAAAAAUUAACCUCACUAAAAUAACUCCUCCAACCCAGCUAGCUUCAAAACUGCCUUUGGGCCACAAGUAGGCCCGAAUGCCUCUCGGCCACAAGCAAGCCCGAAUGAGACUGAUGAAACACGCUCAGUUGAUACACAGCCUGCGAAAUCAACUCCCUCAGCUUCGGGUAUUGGGCUAUGAAAGCCCGAUCGACCCCUUCAAAAGCUCCCCAAAACCCCAGCCCGCUCCAAAUCCUCACUCUUCCCGGCAUGAAUCGCAAGAUAGCACGUCAGCACAAGCCUGUUCAAGUGGGCCUGGGCCUUCUCGUCUAGCAAUGUGGAAAUUAUCCGGGCACGCAAAUUACUAAAUAAAAUAUAAUAUAUCUAAAUAAAAUGUGAAUAAAUAAAAAACUAAAAUUAUUUUUAAUUAGUUAUUUACAAUAAAUAAUGUUAUUUCAUAU